CGUGAGGCGGUCGUUGGUCAGGCUCCACGCAGAUCCUAAGGAGAGCGAAAUGGAGGGGUGUGUAUCUAACCUGAUGGUCUGCAAUCUGGCCUACACUGGAAAGCUGGAGGAGUUGAAGGAGAAGAUCCUGGCCGAUAAAUCCUUGGCUACCCAAACUGACCAGGACAGCAGAACUGCAUUGCAUUGGGCAUGCUCAGCAGGACAUACAGAAAUUGUUGAAUUCUUGCUGGAGCUUGGAGUGCCAGUGAAUGAUAAAGAUGAUGCAUGCUGGACUCCUCUUCAUAUUGCUGCUUCUGCUGGCCAGGAUGAGAUUGUAAAAGACCUUCUGGGAAAAGGUGCUCAAGUGAAUGCUGUCAAUCAAAAUGGCUGUACUCCUCUGCAUUAUGCGGCUUCCAAAAACAGGCACGAGAUCGCUGUUAUGUUACUAGAAGGUGGGGCUAAUCCAGAUGCUAAGGACCAUUUUGAGGCUACCGCAAUGCACCGGGCAGCAGCCAAGGGUAACUUGAAGAUGAUUCAUAUCCUUCUUUGCUACAAAGCAUCCACAAACAUCCAAGAUACUGAGGGUAACACUCCUCUACACUUAGCCUGUGAUGAGGAGAGAGUGGAAGAAGCAAAACUUCUGGUGUCCAAAGGAGCAAGUAUUUACAUUGAGAAUAAAGAAGAAAAGACACCCUUGCAAGUGGCCAAAAGUGGCCUGGAUUUAAUACUCAAGAGAAUGGUGGAAGGUUAA